UCGGAUGCCAGUGAUUUCGUGCAAAUACCGCGAAAAGUGCGCCAAGCGCGAAGACAGCGUGAAUAUUCAGUGCAAUCGAACGGCACAUCCUUGGCGAGUCUCGCCGUCUGAUGAGUCCUUCUGAAGGAUUCCAAUCUCGCCUUUAUCACACGAAGGCUGCGACACACAGUGUUUGUAUCUUAUCGUGUGUCCGAGUGUAUGUUGACUCUGGAUGUUCGUCGUCUGCGGCAAAAACGAAUUUCUCAAACUGGCCACCGACGCACACUUCAUUGGCAGUUUCUCGGCCGGUCGGACGCUUUUGUCCUCACGUUAGGAGUGCGAUUGUUGCGGUGUGAAAUUGCGCUUACCAGUGCUUCUUGAGGAGAAUAGUUUUGUUGUGAAUCAGAAAAAAGAAAUAGAAGAAAAACAGCCAUUUGCAUAGUUUCUGCGCUGUUCCGGUGAAUGUGCGCGAGAACAUCCUGGGAAGAGAGAACGUGGCAAUUCAGUGUAUAUACACUUCCUGCCGUUCACAAUCGAUGUUUAAAACUUCUUCGCUUUCAACCAUCAAAAUAUCGAUUGCAACUUUAUUUAAUGUGUCUCCCACUUUAAUACAUUUCAAGGUCUCUGCGUUGCGAGUGCUCCAAAGUGGGUGGGAUUCUAUAUUUAAGAAGUCAACUGACAUUGCACAAGUGCAAAAGGAACAUUUCUGUGCACACAUGCCAAAGAGAGGGUGAGGAAUUUUCAGCUCAGACGCGUCUCUUAUGUGAGAAGUGCGAGAUUGCAUAUUUGGGUGUGUUUUUCUGCGCCUUUUUUGUGGGUGGGAAAGAACGUGUGUUGAGGAGAAGAUCCUUUUUUUUGUGGAAAUAGUUUAGCGACAGUGUUUCGGAACUUUAAUAAUCCAUCAAGUGGAUUCAGUGGGAAAGACCACUCGUUUUGGGUGCUACUAAAUGUGCCAUCGUUGUCUCGCUGAGGGGUGCAAAAGGUGAACUUUUAGGAGAAUAUUCUGAGAGACAAAAGUUAUACAUAUUUAAUCAGUGAUUGUCCAAUUUGCCAAAGUAGCCGACUUGGCGCUGGGAAAGCGGGAAAAUGCCGGACAGGUUUAAAGUAACAAAGGCAGAAGGAGUCCAGCCGAAGUUGGAGCGGGACGAAGAGGCGGCCACAGGACGACUUCUCCACGAAAGAACUCCAGGAGAUGCUACGGAUGAUCAACCCUUUGUUGCCAACAACGAAAAAUCAACACACUAUGACACGAAUCUUUAUUUAUAUUCGGAAGAAAUUGAUACAAGGCCACGAAUAUCAACACUUAUAUCUUCCUUGGCGAAUUAUUCCAAUACGAUUCCAGCUGCAUCGGAAGCGGACUCGAAGCCUCCACCACCAUCGGCCCGCAUGGGCACACUGAUUGGCGUGUAUCUCCCUUGUAUCCAGAACAUUUUCGGUGUCAUCCUUUUUAUUCGUCUAACAUGGGUUGUGGGGACGGCGGGUGCUAUUUUUGGAUUCCUCAUCGUUCUGACAUGCUGCUGUGUGACUAUGUUGACAGCAAUUUCGAUGUCUGCAAUUGCGACAAAUGGUGUCGUACCGGCUGGUGGCAGUUAUUUCAUGAUCUCACGGUCACUGGGCCCAGAAUUCGGUGGCGCCGUCGGGAUGCUGUUUUACACGGGAACAACGCUAGCAGCUGCCAUGUACAUCGUGGGCGCGGUGGAAAUUGUUCUGACCUACAUGGCUCCGUGGCUAUCAAUCUUCGGUGAUUUCACAAAGGACGCCUCGGCGAUGUACAAUAAUUUCCGGGUGUACGGCACAUUUCUCCUGCUUAUCAUGGGUACAAUCGUGUUCAUCGGAGUGAAGUUUGUAAAUAAAUUCGCAUCAGUGGCUCUGGCCUGUGUCAUCUUCUCCAUAAUUGCCGUCUACGCGGGCAUCUUUGACAACAUCCAUGGCAACGACAAGCUACACAUGUGCGUCUUGGGCAAGCGUCUGCUGAAGGAUAUUGCCGUUGAGAAUUGUACGCAGGAAGAAGGUGGGCAGCUGUGGAAUCUCUUCUGUGCUGAGCAACCGUGCGAUCCGUACUUCUUGAGUCACAAUAUAUCAAUCGUGCGUGGCAUCCGAGGACUGGCCAGUGGUGUGUUCUUCGAGAACAUCCUGCCGUCGUUCCUCGAGGAGGGGCAAUACAUCACCUAUGGGCACAAUCCUGGCGAUGUGGAGCAGCUCGGAAAGCCGUCUUUCAAUCAAGUCUACGCAGACAUCACGACUUCGUUCACCAUUCUAAUCGGCAUCUUCUUUCCGUCCGUCACUGGUAUAAUGGCCGGAUCAAAUCGAUCUGGCGAUUUGGCCGAUGCCCAAAAGAGCAUUCCCAUCGGAACAAUUUGUGCCAUCCUGACGACCAGCAUCGUCUAUCUGUCGUGUGUCCUUUUGUUCGCCGGAACGGUGGAUAAUCUCCUGCUGCGCGACAAAUUCGGGCAGUCAAUAGGUGGAAAGUUGGUGGUGGCGAACAUGGCGUGGCCCAACCAGUGGGUCAUCCUCAUCGGCUCCUUCCUGUCCACCCUCGGUGCUGGUCUGCAGAGUCUCACGGGCGCGCCGCGAUUGCUGCAGGCCAUCGCCCGCGACAGCAUCAUCCCCUUCCUGGCGCCGUUCUCCGUGUCGUCGAGUCGCGGCGAACCCACCCGUGCCCUCAUUCUCACCGUCUGCAUCUGCCAGUGCGGCAUUCUGCUGGGCAACGUCGACUAUCUGGCACCGCUGCUCUCCAUGUUCUUCCUCAUGUGCUACGGCUUCGUCAACUUGGCCUGCUUCCUCCAGACCAUCCUGCGGACGCCCAACUGGCGGCCGCGCUUCAAGUACUACCACUGGUCGCUGUCCUUCAUCGGGCUCUUCCUCUGCAUCUCCGUCAUGUUCAUGACGUCGUGGUACUUCGCCCUCAUCGCCAUGGGCAUGGCCGUGCUCAUCUACAAGUACAUCGAGUACAGAGGCGCCGAGAAGGAGUGGGGCGACGGCAUCCGCGGAAUGUCCCUCACGAAUGCGCGCUAUGCGAUGCUGCGCCUGGAAGAGGGCGAGCCGCACACGAAGAACUGGCGCCCGCAGAUUCUCAUUCUGGCCAAGCUGACUACCGAACUCACGCCCAAGUACAGGAAGCUGCUGUCCUUUGCGUCGCAGCUGAAGGCAGGCAAGGGCCUGGCCAUUUGUGUGUCCGUGAUGCCUGGCGACUUCACGAAGAACAGCGGCGAAGCCACGGCAGCCAAGCAGAGCCUCAAGAAGAUCAUGGAGGAGGAGAAGGUGAAGGGAUUCUGCGACGUCCUGAUAGCCAAGAACACCGUCGAUGGACUCUGUCACAUUGUCCAGACCAUCGGCCUGGGCGGGAUGAAGCCCAACACGGUGAUCCUGGGCUGGCCGUACAGUUGGCGCCAGAGUGAGGACGCGCGCACGUGGCAGGGCUUCCUGCAGACCGUCCGCGUGGCGUCCAACGCCAAGAUGGCGCUGCUCGUGCCGAAGGGCAUCAACUUCUUCCCCGAGUCCACUGAGAAGAUCUACGGCAACAUCGACAUCUGGUGGAUUGUCCACGAUGGCGGCCUGUUGAUGCUGCUGCCCUUCCUGCUCAAGCAGCACCGCACGUGGCGUAACUGCAAAUUGAGGAUCUUCACUGUAGCACAGAUGGAGGACAACUCCAUUCAGCUGAAGAAGGACCUCAAGAUGUUCCUCUAUCACUUGCGCAUAGAGGCGGAAGUGGAAGUGGUCGAGAUGAUGGACAGUGACAUCUCUGCGUACACAUACGAGAGGACCCUGAUGAUGGAGCAGCGGAACCAAAUGUUGCGCGAGUUGCGCUUGAACAAGAAAGAAUCCCUUGGCGUGGUACAAUCUUUGGUGGAUUUCAGCGAAAGCACCGGCGAGGAUAAAUUGCCUCUGGUGCAAGCCAUUGUGGACCAUCAUCAUCCGCAUGAUCAGGUGAAGUCGGCGACGAAAGUGCGCUUUGCUGAUUCAACUGAGCACAAGAGUGACGAUAUCUUCAAUGAGAGCGACCACAAUGAGGAUCAUCACGAUGAUGAUUCGGAGAAGGAGCAGGACACAAAGGAGUCCACGGAGGAGAAUGAGAAGGGUGGUGAUAAAUCAAGUGGCGCGUCCGCCACGAAAUCUGCGUCGUCUCCGGCGAAUAGCAUAAAGAAGGACGACGACGAUGACACGACCUCCGGAGCAGACGAGAAGGCAUCACAUGACCAGAAGUCACCUGAGAAAUCAAAGCCCAGUAUUAAACCAGACGAAGGAAACGUGCGAAGGAUGCACACGGCUGUGAAAUUGAACGAAGUCAUCGUCAAUAAAUCGCAUGAUGCUCAAUUGGUUAUCUUGAAUCUACCUGGUCCUCCAAAGGAUACUCGCAUCGAGCGAGAGAGCAAUUAUAUGGAGUUCUUGGAAGUGCUUACUGAAGGCCUCGAGAGAGUGCUGAUGGUUCGUGGUGGUGGCCGAGAAGUCAUCACAAUCUACUCUUAAGCAUAAUUAGUGAGAGAGACAAGAUAAAAAAAAGAAAUAGUGGAGAAAAAAUUUGAAUGUCGUGUUUAUCAUUAUGAAAUAAAUUCAAUUCUAGAUUUUACUUAAAAUUAGCAAAAGAAAUUCACAUUCACGUGGAAAAGUGAUUAGCUACACAAGUUCUUAUCCUUACCAAAGACAAAUAUGAAACAGUAAAAUACAAAAAGAGAGAGGAGUAAAGUGAAACCUUUAUAGUGGCGAUGAGAGUAUUUUUAGCUAAGAAAAAAAAAUAUUGAAGAAAUCAAUUUCAAUCAAAAGUGUUUUUUAGUGACUCACAGAAUUUAAGCGAUUUUGUUGAGAACAAAGAAGGUGGAAAGAGGGAAUUUUUAAUUGAUUUGUGGUGAAAAAAGAGUAAGAAUAUAUAUAGAUGAUAUAUAAAAGCUACUUGAAGUGUUAAAAAUCACUUUGUUAUUAUACUUUUCCGCCAGUCUAGAGCACGUUAGAGAAUUCCUGUUGAAGUGAGAAUUUAAAAUUCUAUAAAGAGAUUAUUUUGAGGAAUAUAUUUUCGAUGAGGUCUAUUAGUAAAUUGUAGAGAGAGAGAGAAACUAUUAUCCAAGAUAAUGGGAAUAUUUUUUAAAGAUGCAGCUUGAAAACUUGAGACAGGAACAGAAAUGGUGAACCAUUUAUAAUUUUUAAGAGACAUUAAGCAAGAACAAUUUUUUCUUAACGACUUUAUUUCUACUGUUUGUAUGUUUGUUCUUCUUAGACGAACUAAACUGCCAUAAAUUGUAAAUAGGAUUAAGGAGAAAUUAUUAAAUAAUCAUUGCAUGAGCGACUUUUGAAAAUUAUGGAAAACAAUUAAUAAGUGUAAGUGAAUUUUUGGCCUAGAGAUUGCAAAAUUUUCAAAUCAAUUACAAUUGAGAAAAUUUCAAAGAUCGUGUAUAUUUUAAUAAGACUGUCCUUUUUCGUACUUUUUUCCAAUAUAUUUUCUAUUUCCCUUUGAAAUUUGGCGCUGGGAAUUUGGCUAAAGUAUUUCAUUAUUUUAAUGUUUCUUUCUCAUUGUGUUCAUUUAUAUGAAAAAUUUUUUUAGAACAGACUAGAAAAAAUUUAUGUGUGUGCCUUAAAUGAAAUGUUUUGCUACUUGCGGAAACGAAAUUCGGUAUUUUGAUUUUUCUUUUCCUCUAAAAUUGCUAAAGCGACCAAACUGUAAAAUAAAGACAUUAUUCAAAAUGAAAUUCUUUAGCAAUAUUCUCGGCAUUUUACUUUUAAUCUUGUUUUCGUCGAAUAGAAAAUAUAUUUCUGAAUUCUUUCUUUUGUUUUCCAAGAAAAAAAAAGUAUUAAAAGUCAAAAGUCAAAAAAAAAGUUGCGAAGUAAGUGUAAAUUUAUGAGACAAAGUGUUUAAGGUAAAAGUAAAAACAGCUCAUUUACUGUGAAUCAAAUAUAAAACAUUAAAAAAUGGAAAGGGAAAUGCGACAGAGUCGAACUAAUAUGGUUAGAAUUAGUAUGAUGAAGAAGUGAAAUACCGCUGCAAAGUCUCUAUAAUAUAAUCAAACUAUAGGAAAUGAUUAAUAAAAAAGAACUUCAAGAUAGAAAAAAGUUUACUAUAGGAGAAACAAUUGGAAAUAUAAUAAAAUUGGAAAUGAUUUAGGCAUAAAAAUUAGGGUUAAAAAACGAGAAAUUGAUAGUGGAAAGAGAUCAAGAAUGGUAUGUGAAACGGUUAAACCAAAAAAAGGUAUUUUCCAAAAAUACAAAAAAAAUGGAUAUUUCAACGGAAAAUAUCCACAGAAAAAAAGAAAACGUAUUCUUUGAAUUGUAACGAGAACAUUUCUUGUAAUUCUCUAUAGGUAGAAAAAAAAAUACAGAUUUUAACAAAAUAGUCGUAAAAUAAAUUGCGAGUGAAGAAUAUUAGGAUUAAAGAAGAGAAAAACUUAAACUUACCCGCCGGGUGUGUCUCAAAACUUAUGACAAAAAACCAACUUUUGCUGUGUCUGCGAAAGAGUGUUAGGAUAUCUGAAGAGCACUAAUUUCGAGAUUUCUUCAUGGGCGACUUUCCGACAAUUAAGUGGAAAAGACAAAAAAUAAAAAAAAUUAGAUCACAAAACCGAACAAUUCUCAAGCAAUACUAUUAGAUUAUAGAACGAGUGAAAAAACUCUUUUGGAAAACUUGAAAAUAGAGAGAGAAAAAAAAUAUGAUGGACUUUUGUUUCAUCUCUUCGUCAAAUUCAAUCCCGUAGCAUUUGAGAGUUCAUUUAAUUUCCCAACACAAUCAACUGUCAUUUCAAUGGUGUUUUCAGACAUAAUUAAUCUAGCGGAAGAUUUUUUACUUAACGGAAAAUCCAUCUUUGUGUCAAGAUCUUCAUAAAUCGUUCAGUUCUUUUCUAUGGAAAAAAUGUCCCAGUCAUAACUUAACUCUAAGACAUUUAAUAGAUCUUGCCUAUAUAAAGUAAAAAAUACAGUUUAAUAAAGAAAAAAAAA